AUGAUCCACUUCGCCUUUGCAAAAGCCAGUGAUACCACUGCUGAAGGUUAUUUUAUUAGCAAACAAGGAUAUUGGCGCACGGAUCAUCUUCCGGAAAACUUCCGUAUUUCCAUCAGAAAGAUUGAUGUCAAGGAAUUACAGGCGGUCAGCAUUGGCCCAGGUAACAAGUACUUUUUGCGUACCAAUGAUAAACAUCAUUCCCAUGGCAUUCCUGCAGGAACACCUCUCGACAGCAUACGCUGGUGUUCCUUUGGACCUCGUAACCGCAUUGCGAUCCGCAAGAAUAAUGGGGCGAUGUACAAGCAGAACGACAUCAUCUCUCUCCGCGACAAGCUCGAUAAACUUGAUGAUACUUCGCACAUCACCCACCUUUGCUACGGCUCAGGCGAUUCUUGGAUCUUUUGCCAUAAAGGGAUUUGGCACUGGUAUGGAAUUCCGGAGCGGCUCGCGACAAAAUUGAAGGAAGCAAAGUCUAAACAGACACCAGUAAAGAACGUCGUAUUAAGCCACUUCAAUCACAAUUUAUGGUUCCUGGAGUAUGCGAACGGCAGUUCUGCGUACUGUCUCCCUGCAUCCUGGCACCACAACGUUGACUUUGUGCGAAACCAUAAGUAA